AUGGUAAAACUCUCGUUGUAUGCUUGUGCCGUCGCGGCCAUGGCCAUGGUUUCCACCGCUGCCCCUGUCGAAAACACGGCACCCGUAGUGCGCAUGGAUCUUCAGAGAAACCCUGAUUUCCAUGCCAACGCUACCUAUGCUGUAAUCAAGGCCCAGAGAAAGUACGCCAAGUACACUAUCCAAACAAAGAGCAUCAAACCUGGUAGCGUGUCAAUGACGGAUUACUUGUAUGACGUGGAAUAUUACGGCGUCGUGAAGGUCGGCACGCCUCCUCAAUCGUUGAAACUUGAUUUCGACACUGGUUCAUCGGAUAUGUGGUUCGCUUCAACAUUGUGCAGCACGUGCAGCUCCACGCAGACCAAAUUCGAUCCUUCGAAAUCGAGCACUUAUCAGCAAGAUGGUCGUCCCUGGUCUAUUUCCUACGGCGAUGGUUCGACCGCCAGUGGUGUGAUUGGCUAUGACGUUGUGGACUUGGGUGGCCUCAAGAUUAAUAAGCAGGCGAUCGAACUUGCCAAGAAGGAGUCGGCCGCCUUUCAGAGUGAUCCAAUUGACGGCUUGCUGGGUCUUGGCUUUGAUUCAAUUGCCGCCUAUUCAGACAUCAAGACGCCAAUGUCGAACCUCAUUAGCCAGGGAGUAGUGAGCCAGCCUGUAUUUGGCGUGUUCUUGGGCAAGCAAUCUCAAGGCGGUGGCGGAGAAUACGUGUUCGGAGGCUACAAUGAAGCUCACAUUGGCGGUGCUCUGACUACAGUGAGUGUCGACAAGUCUCAAGGUUUCUGGGGUAUCACUGUCGACGGCCUAAGUUCAGGCAACAGAAAAGUGGCCGGUGCAUUCCAUGGUAUUCUUGACACCGGUACCACGCUCAUGAUCUUCACGGACUCGAUGGCUCGCCAAGUAGCUUCUCUGUACGGCGCUCGCGACAACCGAGACGGCACGUUCACCAUCAGCUGUGACACUGCCUCCUUGCCACCUCUGGUAUUGACGAUUGGCGGCACUAAGUUCACCAUUCCUUCUUCCGAUCUUAUUUACGCUAAAUUCCAAGGUCAAUGCAUUGCAGGCUUCAGUUACGCAGGUUUACCUUUUGCAAUUUUGGGCGACGUCUUUUUGAAGAAUCAUUAUGUUAUCUUUAACCAGAAAGUACCCAAUGUUCAGAUCGCGCCAGUAAAAUACUAA